UGCCUCUCAUAUUCCCAAGAGGAGUUUUUCCAUUACCCUCCUUGCAGAGAUCAAGAGAACUCAGUUGGUACAUACAUACAUAUAUUUAUAUAUAUCUUUUUCAUAUACAUAGCCUAGGUAUAGUAAUGCAGCAACACAAGCGGGAAAUGGAACCCAACGGAAGCGAUUGCGGCCUGACAAAUUCUCGGCCGAGACCAUCAUCAAAAUUCUUCAAAAUAAUAUUACACUCCAGUAUUCAUGAGAAGAAGCUGAGGAUCCCGGAAAAGUUUGUUAGGAAGUACGGUGAUGAACUCUCUGCUGUUUCCAUACUCACUGUUCCUACUGGCCAAGUUUCCCAUGUGGCAUUGGAGAAGACUGACAAAAUGAUUUGGUUUUGUGAUGGUUGGCAACAAUUUAUGGAACAUCACUCAAUCAGUUACGGGAGCUUCUUAGUCUUCAAAUAUAAAGGGAAUUCAAGCUUCGAUGUUCUUAUCUUUGAUUUGACUGCCACCGAGAUCCAGUAUCCAUGCAGUAAACAUGAUAAUGGAAAGCAAUUUCAAUUAUCUGAUGAUGAGGAAGAAAUAGAAGAUGAUGACUCCGUUGAUAUCUUGGGGUCCUCGGGUUUUGUUGGAUCUUCGUCUAAAUUUAGUCCGGUACUCAACAAAAAGGGUAAAAGUGCAGAUUUGUUUGUGAGUAAGAAUGUUGAGAAUUUACAAGCACAGACUCCACCAGUUAGUGAUCAGGGUUUUAAUCUGUUGAAUGAGAGUGAGCUUAAGGACAAAAGAGAGAGAAUUGAUGUAGAGGAGCAUCAUCCAACAAAAAGGGCAAAAGGUUCACAAGUGUCGGCUACACAAGGUCUUAUCAUUGAAUUGACUGUCACUGAGAUCCAGUUUCCAUGCAGUAAACAUGAUAAUGGAAAGUUAUGUCAAUUAUCUGAUGAGGAAGAAAUAGAAGAUGAUGACUCUGUUGAAAUCUUGGGGUCCUCGGGUUUUGUUGGAUCUUCGUCUAAAUUUAGACUCGGCCUCGACAGAGAGGGUAACGGUGCAGCUUUGUUGCAGAGCUUGAAUACCGCUUCUCGAUGUCUAAGAAGAAGCAAAAGAUACAAAAAAGAUCAGGAGCAAACAAUUGAAUUAGAGAAUUUGCAUGGAGCAUGUGGAAGAAAAGCAAGCAGAAGCGAAACAUCAAACGGGCAUGAUUCUUUGUUGGAUAAAUCCAAGAGAAAGGACCAGUUUGUGACUAAGAAUGUUCAGAAUUUGCGAGCACCGGCACCACCUGUUCUUGAUAGGGGUUUUGAUCGGUCAAAUGAGAGUAAACUUAAGGACAAAACAUAUAGAAUUAAUGAAGAGGAGCAGAAUCCAACAAAAAUUGCAAAUAGUUCACAUGUGGCAACUCAAAGAAAUAAAGAUACAAGUCAUCAGACUACAAAUCAAAGAACUGUUUCUAAUGGGCAAGAAUCAUUGGUAAAACGAAAAUGGUGUAAAAUCAUUGGUAUCAACACUUGUUCGACAGGGGGACAAGUGAUAAACCAAGCAAGAGAGAGGGCAAUUAAUGCUGCAAGAAUGUUUAAGUCUGAAAAUCCUUUCCAUACGGUUAUAUUGCGUCCAUAUAAUGUAAACCAAAACUUUUUCCUGGUGAGCCCUUGAUUUUAUGUUGCAUGGUGUAAGAUUAUUGCUUGUGCUGAUUAUGUAGCUUCAAAUACUAUUUUCAGUAUGAUGCUUGAAUGAUAUAUUUAUUUUUUUCUUUCUUAUGCAGAGUUUGGCAACGGAAUUUUCCAUGAAGAUGAAAUAUUUGGUUGGUGUUUCAGAUUUUGUUAAGCUUCAGCUUUCUGAUGGAAGAGAGUGGCAUGUCCGUUGCAUUUAUUGCACAGGUCGACGGGCAACAUUAAGCAAGGGUUGGAGAAAUUUUGUAGUGGAAAAUAAUUUGGUGGAAGGAGAUGCUUGUGUCUUUGAGCUGAUGAAGGUUAAGGAUUUUGUGCUAAAAGUUUCCAUAUUUCGCAUUGACGAAAGCAAUUAUUCCCAGACUACAAAUCAAAGAACUGUUUCUAAUGCUCAUGAAUCAUUGGUAAGGUGUGCAGAAGUUGAGAAUUUACAAGCACAGACUCCACCAGUUAGUGAUCAGGGCUUUAAUCUGUUGAAUGGGAGUGAGCUUAAGGACAAAAGGGAGAGAAUUGAUGUAGAGGGGCAUCAUCCAACAAAAAGGGCAAAAAGUUCACAAGUGGCUACUCAAAAAAAUAGAGGCACAAGUAAAUAUUCUCAGACUACAAAUCAAGGAACUGUUUCUAGUAAGUUUUUCUUUUUCUAUUUUCUGUUUUUUUUUUUUUUUUUUGCCAGUAAGUAUUGUAAGAGUGGUGCGAAGAAAUGAUUGGAAUUAACACCUCUUCAAUAACUUGUUCAACAAGGGGACCAGUGAUAAACCAAGCAAGACACAGGGCAAUUAACUCUGCAAGAAUGUUAAGUCUGAAAAUCCUUUCCAUAUGGCUAUAUUGCGUUCAUAUAAUGUAAACCACCCCUAUUAUCUGAACAUACCAUUGCAAUUUGGCAAGAAGACGAAGCAUUUGCUUGGUGUUUCAGAUACAGAUAUCGUUAAGCUUCAGCUUUCUGAUGGAAGAGAGUGGCAUAUCGGUUACUUACCUGAAAGAGGACAUCAACAGGCAAGAUUAAGCAAGGGUUGGAGAGUUUUUGCAAGGGAAAAUAAUUUGGUGGAAGGAGAUGUUUGUGUGUUUGAGCUGAUCAAGGAUCUUGUGUUAAAAGUGUCCAUAUUUCAGGCUGCGGCAGGGUACACCGGGCAAGCAAACCAACCAACCUCUGAAGUGAAUCCCAUCUGAUAAGAGUCUGGCAAUUUGUUAUUUUACUGUUAAAAUGUACUUCUAUCUGGGCAGCUCUAUGUCACUACUUUUUUUUUUGUUUUUGGUGUGUUAUAUAACUUAUAUAUAAGUGGUAUGUGUUACAAAUAUCUGUGAAUGGGAAAUGUCAUUUAUGCUCGCCCUUAUUAAUUCCUUGCGAGUUGUAAUAGUCUCGGUAUAUCGUCCGCAGACCCACCAUCUGUUUCUCUCUCCUCUGCAAACUCCUCCCACCACCACCACCAUCUUUUUCUCUCUCCUUUCCGUUUUCCUCCAUCUCCAUCUGUUUUUCUCUC